UCAAAAAUUUACUUGCUAUUUAAAAUUCAACAUCCUUACUAUUUAACUGCUAGUUUCUUAUAAACUUCGACCACACUGCACCCGUGAUAAUGUCUAGCAGGAGAAAAAUUAGAGCUACGUUGAGUCCCGAAGAGAAAGCCGCUAAGGCGUUGAAAGCUAGGCGGAAGUUUAAAGCUUUAGUUCGUUUGGUAAUGGCCAAUUUGUUCUGGCUGGGGGACAUAGACGACGUUCUCGGCGAAAACGUGCUGCUAAAUAUCCAGAAAUUGACGAGGAAAAAGAUCCAGAAAAGCACGCUAACCACAAGGGAGAAACUUAUUUUGACCAAGCCCAAAGAAGAACGAACUGAAGAAGAAAAACACAUCCUCGACAGAGCUAUCGGAGGACUGCGGUGUUUUAGAAGAUAUCCCCCGCACGUCAAAAAACAGCUGGCGGCCGUGACCUAUUUCGUCUACAUCCCUCAGGAUCGAGUGAUCGUGAAGCAGGAUCAUUUACCCACAGCUUUGUAUUUCCUGCUGUCGGGAGAGGGCCUUGUGACCAUUACAACUUACGACAAAAUGCUAAAGGAAUGGGUGGAAGCGGAACACGGUACUGUUGGCCCGGGCACCAUGUUUGGCGAAGUCGCUUUGAUCCACGGCAUAUCCAGAACGGCCACAAUCACCACCACAAUGCCCUGCGAGUUGCUGAUGAUUAAGAAAGAAGAUUUUGAUAUCGUGCUAAAGGAAACGGUGUGGAAGGCUUGGGAGCAGAUUACCAAGAUCAUGAAUCGGUUUUCUUAUUUUCAAAACUGGGACGCGGUGACAAAGAGGGAGUGCAGCAUUAUAUCCAGGACCAAGUCAUAUAGUCCCGGUGAAACUAUACUGGGAGACGGAAUGGGCCUAUCGAACUAUAGCUAUCUCGUCACCAAAGGGAGUUGCUGCCUCAUCGAACAUCUUCUCGUGUGCCCUUAUAUUGUCGAAGGACGUAGACGAUACAAACUGUAUAGACAAAACGGUUCUGGAAAUAACGACGAAGUGUGUAUACCUGGUGGGACAAAAAGUAAAGGAGGAAAACAAGUUCGGCCGAAAAAAACUUCCACUUCCGCUGGUGAAAGAGUGCCUGAAGUCGAAACUUGUUUCAUACAGGUGGGCGAGCUAACCGAAGGCGCUGUGUUCAAUAUCGGGGAAAAACUAGAUAGGCGACGGAUCGUCGCUCAAACUCACACCAGCUGCUUAAUGAUUCCCCGUUACUGGCUGGCGAAAAUUAAUAUAGACAACAUAUGGGGAAGAGUGCGACAAUACUUGAACAAUAACAUCCCAUCCACCGAGAAAAUAUUCAAGGAGUGGCUGGAACAGAAAAGAUUCUCCGAAUACGGGAGGGGCUUGGUACGGGACAUUUUGGCGAAGAAGAAGUGCCCCAACACCAAUUCCAUACACAACGUGCCUUACAGUAUAAGGCUAAGGGAAAAGAGAGGUUAUGAUAUGUAAUACAUGACGUCAUAUGAACCUUUCGGAAUCUUAUUAUUAUUCCUUUAUCAUCACUUUGUUAACAUUACAACAAACGCAAAACAAAGCUCAUUUUUUUUCAAAAGUUUCUGUUCUCUGUUCUCCGUGACAGAUCUGCGAGAAGCGUUUCAAGGCUUAUAACGUUCGAACGGGUAGAACUACCGGUUUCGAAUUUUCUUCCUUGCUAGAACUGGGCGAUGCGCAGCAUUCCGUAAAAUAUUGAGCCGAUCAGUUUUCG